AUGCCAACCAACACGCUAGACCUCGGGUCGCAUCCUAGACCGAGUCGUAACAAACAUUUACGAGGUAGCGCCAAUCUUGAACAUGACUCCCCGCAGUCUCUACGACGGUGGAACGUGUUGACGAUCACUCUAGGCUGUAGCAUUUUCAAGUCUCUUGUAGAGCACCCCAGGUCAUCUCGCAAAACUCUGGCCCGGUCUUCCCAUCACAUAAGAGAGAGCUUGACUCAGCUACCACAAGGCAGCGUACUGAGGUAA